UUACUUUUUGCUGAGCAACCCAGUAGCCGCAUUAAUCGCAUCGCAUUCCUUCAGUUUAAUUCCGUAUUGUGUUUUGUUUUCAUUUUUUUUUUAUGAAAAGUCAGUCACCCCUUUUCACCUAUAAGAUAUUGUUGUUAAAUUUGUAAAGCCACAUUGUUAAACUGCGCACAGAGACCAAAAGACGGAAGCUACAAUGGCAUUUCGCCAGUCGCAGCACGAAAUGAGCGUCACCUCGCUCGAGCAUCUCGACUCGAGUGUCGAAUUGCGAUCGCGUUCGCCGUCGCCGCAAGUGUUUAAUCCACGCAAGCUGCGCUUCGCCGACGACGACUUUGACAAGGACCAGCCGGAGAGCCUGAGUCCGCAGCACAAGAAGAAGGCAACUGCAGACGUAUCCAUGUCACCGCCCUGCCAAAAGGUUCGUGCCCUACGCCUGUUCAGCACUCCUGCCACACCGAAGACGAUUUUGCAGAAAUCGCAGUGCAGCAAUCAUCUGUCCGCUGCGGCAGAGGUGGUCAAUGCCAACCGCCGGGAGGAUCUCUUCCGCCUAUCAGAGCGCCCGCGCUGCUUGCCGCUGCACAAUCGCAGCAUGCAGCCCCAGGACACGGCCAAUGUGAAUCCCUUCACACCAGACAGUCUGCUGGCCCACAACAAGAAACGUUGUCGCACCCAAGUGGGACGCGAGAAUCUCAACCUGAAUGUGAAUUCUAUUCAAAAGUAUUUGCUCAGCGACACCUGUGAUGAUGAUGGGCCAGAGGAGGUCGGCGAUCCAAUGCGCGAGAUACACCAGGCACCCAAGCGCCUGGCCCUGCACGACACAAACAUCAGCCGCUUCAAGCGGGAGUUCAUGCAGAUGCGCGUGAUUGGUGUUGGGGAAUUCGGUGUUGUCUUCCAGUGCGUAAACCGGCUCGAUGGCUGCAUCUAUGCCAUUAAAAAGAGUAAGAAGCCAGUGGCUGGCAGCUCCUUUGAAAAACGUGCCCUGAAUGAGGUCUGGGCCCAUGCAGUGCUGGGCAAGCACGAGAAUGUGGUGCGUUAUUAUUCGGCCUGGGCGGAGGAUGAUCAUAUGUUGAUACAGAAUGAGUUCUGCGAUGGCGGCAGCCUGCAUGCCCGCAUCCAGGAUCAUUGCUUGGGCGAGGCCGAACUGAAGAUUGUCCUGAUGCAUGUGAUCGAGGGCCUGCGCUAUAUACACUCAAAUGAUUUGGUCCACAUGGACCUGAAGCCCGAGAAUAUAUUCUCGACAAUGAAUCCCACUGCCCACAAGCUGGUGGAGGUGCAGGCCAAAGAUGAUGACGGCGAUGGCAUGGACAGUGUCUAUGAGGAGUUGCGCCAUACGGAAAAUCUGGUGACAUACAAAAUCGGUGAUCUGGGCCAUGUGACUUCCGUGAAGGAGCCGCAUGUGGAGGAGGGCGACUGCCGCUACUUGCCCAAGGAGCUGCUCAACGAUGACUACUCGAAUCUGUUCAGGGCGGACAUAUUCUCGCUGGGCAUCACCCUGUUCGAGGUGGCUGGUGGUGGUCCACUGCCCAAGAAUGGCCCCGACUGGCACAAGCUACGAGACGGACAGGUGCCCUACCUGUCCACACUCAGCAAGGAUUUCAAUGAGCUGAUAGCCCUAAUGAUGCAUCCCGAUCCGGCACAGAGGCCCACAUCACAGUCCAUUUUCAGUCAUCCUAUACUGAGCGCUGUUGACUCGAAGACCAAGAUGCAGCUCGGCCUGGAGCUGACCAUGGAGAGGCGCAAGAACGAGAUACUCAUGAGCAAGCUGCGGGACGCAAAGAAGACGAUAAAACAGCUCGAGGCGAAAGUUAACCUCUUGGCAGUGACAAACAAUCCGGAGAGUGUGGAGGGUCAGCGAUGCCUGCGCUCGUUCACGCGACGUAUGCGCACACCCUUCAGCACCCAUGGUCGAUAUAGCCUGGGCGAUCGUAACAAAAAUGUAAUCACCAAUGUUUGAGACACUCGAAACCUACCUCCUAAUCAUAUCAUUUAACAUACGGAACUAUCUACCUACAGACAGCCAAACUCUUCCGAAUCGAACGUGAACAAAGCUCACAUUGCGUUUAGUUUUUUAAGUCCUAAUUUAGCUUCUAUUAGUUUAUAGUUUAAACCUCACUAACUACUUUAUAUA